AUGCUUAAGAGCGCCAGAACGGGCGGGCGGGCGGUAGAUCAUCUCCAUCUCGUCCCCGUCUGCGCCGAGGACCUGCAGUGCGGUGAUUCGCCUUCCCUCCUCCUCAUCCCCUCCCGCGCCGCACGUAAGGGGCCCGACGAGGUUGGGCAGAAGCUCCGCCGUCCAGUGGGCGACCAUCGCCCGCAUGGUAUACCGCGCGUGGAGCGCGAUCUCGCACGGCGCGUACAUCCACGUCGCCUGGCUAUCCCGAUUAAAAAGCUCCACAAAUGGGAAAAGAACCUGAAUGGAGGAUGGGAGAUUGCGAAAGAGGGUCCCAAGCGGCCGCCCGUUGCGCAGGAACGCAAUGCUGCGGCUUUCUGUAUAUAA